AUGACAAACACCGCUGAACAAGAAACAAAGAGACGUAGAACCCCAGUUGUCUAUGACGAUGGAGAUAAGAAGACUGGUCCAUUGGAGGCACCAUUUAUCAAGUUGUUUGCCUCACCAACUGCAAAUGCUCAAAAGGUUACCAUUUUGCUCGAGCUGCUCAAAGUGAAGUAUUACUUCAGAGCUACUGAGUUCUUGAAGGAGACAAAGGAGCCUUGGUACUUGAAGUUGAACCCGGCUGGUAAAGUUCCUGUCAUAGUAGACGUCAAUGAAAAAGGUGAAGCCUUCACUCUUGCAGAGUCUGGUGCCAUUCUCUUGUACUUGGCUGAAAAGUACGAUACAGGCAACAAGUUCUCAUACCCUCAAGGAACUGCAAACCACUACAAGGAGAUUGAAUUCCUCUUUUUCCAUGCAUCAGGUUUGAACCCAGCUCAGGCUAGUUUGAACCUUACAAAGCUCUUUGACUCAGAGAACGAGAAGGAUAUCAAAAAAUUCACUGAACUCGUCUUGAAGAACUACAAGUUGGUUGAAGAUCAACUUGCAGCCAAUGGAACUGGCUUCCUCGUUGGUGAUCAUAUCUCCCUUGCUGAUAUCAUUGCCUUCCCACAUGCCAAGGUUGCUGACAAGUUCUUCGAUGUUUCUCAGUUCCCUCACAUUUCUCAAUGGAGAGAGAAGUUGGAGUCAUUUGAGGAAGUACAAGCAGCUUAUGCAAAGAAGUGA